CUGAAAAUGCCGUCGGUUUCGAAAGCGGCGGCGGCGGCGCUGAGCGGGUCCCCCCCGCAGACCGAGAAGCCGACCCACUACAGGUAUCUAAAGGAGUUUAGGACAGAGCAGUGCUCCCUGUUUUUGCAGCACAAGUGCAGCCAGCACAGACCAUUUACCUGUUUCCAUUGGCAUUUCCUAAAUCAGCGUCGGCGCAGACCGCUCCGCAGGCGCGAUGGCACCUUCAACUACAGCCCCGACGUGUACUGCUCCAAGUACGACGAGGCCACCGGCCUGUGUCCCGACGGUGACGAGUGCCCCUACCUGCACCGAACAACUGGGGACACAGAACGCAAGUACCACCUGCGCUACUACAAGACGGGCACGUGCAUCCACGAGACAGAUGCAAGGGGCCACUGUGUGAAGAACGGGCUGCACUGUGCCUUUGCUCAUGGCCCCCUGGACCUGCGGCCACCCGUGUGUGACAUCAGGGAGCUGCAGGCCCAGGAAGCCUUGCAGAACGGCCAGCUCAGCAGUGGGGAUGGCCUGCCUGAUCUGCAGCCUGGGGUCCUGGCCAGCCAGGCCAUGAUUGAGAAGAUCCUGGGCGAGGAUCCGAGGUGGCAAGACACCAACUUUGUGCUGGGCAGCUACAAGACCGAGCAGUGCCCGAAGCCACCACGCCUGUGCCGUCAGGGCUAUGCAUGCCCCCAUUACCACAAUAGCAGGGACCGCCGACGGAACCCUGGGAGGUUCCAGUACAGGUCCACACCCUGCCCCAGCGUGAAGCACGGUGAUGAAUGGGGUGAGCCCUCGCGGUGUGAUGGCGGGGACAAUUGUCAGUAUUGCCAUUCCCGCACGGAGCAACAGUUCCACCCUGAGAUCUACAAAUCUACAAAAUGUAACGACAUGCGCCAAACUGGCUACUGCCCUCGGGGACCUUUCUGUGCUUUUGCACAUGUAGAAAAGAGUCUGGGACUAACAAAUGAUUGGGGCUGCCGUGAUUUCAACUCCUCCAACAGCACCUCAGCCCACAGCGGCCAGCCUGGAAAUGCCAAGCGGAGAGACUCACCUGCUGAAAGUAGCCAGAAAACCAGCGAGCCUGACGGCAAGCAGAACCACCUCGCUGUGUUUGCAGUGGUUCACCCACUGGCCCCCAGCGUAAGCUCCAGUGUGGGGUCCAGCCUGGCGUCCAGUGCUGGCUCAGGUAGCUCCUCCCCCACGGCUCUGCCUGCCCUCCCUGCCCGCGCUGUCCCACUUGACCCGGCUGGCAACACCGUGGAGGCGGUCCUGGGUUCUGCCUUAGACCUGCGUCUUAGUGACAUAAACAUCGCAUCCUUAGAUAAAGACCUGGAAGAGCAGGACAGCCGUGACCCUGGAAUAACAGGUCCCAGGUCGCUGGUGGGCUCAGCCCCUGUCACCAUCCCAGGCUCCCUGCCCCGCUCACCAUCCCUGCACUCGUCCUCAUCCCUGUCCACCUCACCACUCAGCUCGCUUUCCCAGUCCCUGUCUGGGCCACUCGUCUCUUCUGCCAUGACGCCCCCCCAGCAGCUGCCGCUGCCCCUCCGAUCGGAGCCGGCUACGCUGGGCUCUGCAGCCUCAUCCUACAGUUCAUUAGGUUUGAACGGCGUUCCUGGGAGCAUCUGGGACUUUGUUUCUGGCAGCUUCUCUCCCAGCCCAUCCCCCAUCCUGAACACUGGCCCCACAGGCUCUUCAAGUGCAAGUCCAAAUGGCGCUGAGCUGGCACGGGUCCGGCGGCAGCUGGAUGAGGCCAGGAGGAAGAUCAGGCAGUGGGAAGAGUCUUGGCAGCAGGUGAAGCAGGCCUGCGAUGCUUGGCAGCGAGAGGCUCAGGAGGCCAAGGAGCGUGCCCGUGUGGCUGACAGUGACCGGCAGCUGGCCUUGCAGAGGAAGGAGGAGGUGGAGGCCCAGGUGAAGCAGCUGCAGGAAGAGCUCGAGGGCCUGGGCUUGUCGUCCUCACUAACGGGGCUGCGGAGCUGUGGUGACAUCGGCACCAUCCCCCUACCCAAGCUGCACUCCCUGCAGAACCAGCUGCGCCUGGACUUGGAAGCUGUUGAUGGGGUGAUCUUCCAGCUCCGUGCCAAGCAGUGUGUGGCCUGCCGGGAGCGGGCCCAUGGCACCGCCCUACGGCCCUGUCAGCACCGUGUCCUGUGUGAGCCAUGUGCAGCCAGUGCUCCUGAAUGCCCCUACUGCAAAGGCCAGCCCCUGCCAUGGUGACCAGAGCCAGGCCCCACUUCCUCCUGGUGAGCAUCGUGCAGAGGCCACAGUGUGCCACAUGCCACCACAGCAUCUACUCACUGCUGGCGUGACCGAUGUCAGGACAUGAGCUUGUGCCCACUGUCCACCUGACAGCCUUCGAAUUACUUUUCCUUACCACGUCCCGCUAGCAGUUUCAAGGUGUUCUCAAACUCCUUAAAAGCUCCACCGAACCUACCUGCCUGUCUUCAGGGGGCUCAGCACCUCAGAGACCUGGGCAGGUGGAGCACUGCUGGUGCACCCCAGUCCUGACGCUGCUGUGGCCGGGUUAUGGGGAGGCUGGGCCUCAACCAAGCACUUUGUAAACCGAGGAACUUAGUUAGAUGUUACAAAUUAUAAGCUGCUUUCUAGGUUCGUGUUUUUUAAUAUGCGAUAACAUGAAGCUUUAUAUGUGUACUGUGAACUUGAAGUUUCAUAUCAGUUUAUUGUUAACUCAUAGUAAAUAUUAGAUUUCAUAUUCUGAAGCUACUUAAGAAGUGAGAGCAUUUAUCUAGUAGUGAGAAGACUUAGGAUUUUUACACUUUCAAAUUAAGUGCAAACAAAUUGUAUUUAUAAGCAGAGUGAUUAUUGAAAGACAUAUACAUGUAGAUGUUUUUAUGAAAGGAACUAAUUUUCCUAAACGUGCACAUGCAUUGGAGUUUUAUAUUCCAGUAUCGUGAAAUGAUAUUGAGAGCUCUAUCAUGCAUUUAUGUGAUCCGUGGCCACUUUUUCUAAGUGCCUAUGCCUUGCAAAAGAAGUGAAGGAAAUGGUUCACUGGGUUUUAUUUUCUCCCAUGAAGACAAUUUGAUGCUAAUGAAAAAUGCAACAGAAGGAACCCUGUAUUAGAGGAUUUGAGUUCACUUUGGAAGCAGCUGUGUCUGGGAACUUAGAUCUGUAACUGGCAAUGGUGCUUUGUAACUUCUCAGACGUCUGGGCCAUCCCAACUGCGCUAAGCGCGGUGGCGAGCUGUGGUGCGGAGACGUCUGGGCUCUCCCACACCUCUAACCCCCCGCGCCCCUUUCUGACCCUGGAGAUGCUGUAGUAGCAGUGUAUGGGAUCCAGGGCAACAGCUUUAGCCGACAUUUGGCACCUGACUUGUACGUCCAGUUACCAGCGUUCAUCCAUGGGACCAGCGAGGUGCCUCAGUGGUCUGGUGCGCUCAGCUCAGCUGUGGUCCUCCACAGCCUGGCCUCAGGCCCACGGCAAGAAUACUGCAGAGAGUGGUCCAGUGCGAUGACUUCAGCCCUCACUGUCAGAACUGGGACUGUCUCUGGAAAUCUGGGGAGAAGACAUCUGUAUCCACACAGACCCUGACCUGGCAGUUGUUGGGUGCGCUGGUCAGGGCAAGCUCAGUUCCACCUGGAAGUGGACGUCAGGUUUCUCCUCCCCUGUGGCUUUGCCAAAGACUUUUAAUAGCAUUUUUUAAAGUGCAAAGUGACUAGGUAAACAUUUUUAUCAGUGACCAAAUUAGAAUGUAUUUAAUAAUAUAGUAGGAGGUUUAAAAGCAUUUUUUAAUAUAAGACAGAUAGCAAAGUUGUCAUUUGAAAGGAAGUGGAUCCAGGAUGUCCC